AGACAAGUUUAUUUUAUUAUAAGGCGGGAAUAAUUCCUUUGUACAAUUAUGGUCAAAAUGUAAUUUUAAAACAAAAAAAUGGGUGAAGAUUGUGAUCCUCUGGACCUUCUGUUGUUAGCAGCAGCUGAAGAACUAGAAGACUCAUCUAAGAACCAAAUAAAACCAAAAUCUUUAAAAGAAACUAACUUAUUUGAACAGGAAUCUAAUAUUAAUAUUAAACCUCUUGCCACAACAACAAACAAUAGUAUAAUUCAUACAGGAGAUACAGACUCAUCAGACGACGAAGACAGACGAAACUGGGAAGAAAAGAAGUAUACAGAAAGUGGUAGAGAAAUCAAAAAAAUAUUAGAUGUUCCCACAAAAAUAGGCAGCAACAAAAGCCGAAUAUCUAGAGUAUCCAAUUGGAAGAAACCCUCAGUAUCUGUUGUAAAAGAAACUAAUAAAAAGACUGUGAAUCCUUUGACUAAUCCGAAUCCCUCAGUAUUCUCACAAGCCGAUGUAAUAUUCGGAAUUCGUGUUAUUAACCCACUAGUUUCAUCUGCAGUGAUCGCAGAGCGAAUGAUAGGUCGUGAAGCUAUACAGUUUAACAGGUUGGGUAGAUUUUUACAGAUAAAAACUGACGAAAAAGACUGGGUAAUAGCGGGAGUUGUGGUUCACAAAAGCGCUGCUAAGACGUCACAAAAAGGUAACCAGUUCAGCGUAUGGACUUUAACUGAUUUAAGAGACGAUAUUAAAACAGUAGCAGUGUUUCUAUUUGGAGGAGCUCAUGGACAGUUAUGGAAAACGAGUGUUGGUACCGUUGUAGGGCUGCUUAAUCCUAAUGUUUUGGAGAAAAAAGAAGGGAGAGAUGAGGCAAGUCUCAGCAUAGAUAAUGCCCAGAAGGUAAUGAUUUUGGGCCAAUCGAAAGACUUCGGCAUUUGUAAAAGUGUCAAGAAAAACGGAGAUAAAUGCACAGCCAUAGUCAAUUUAGCCAUGUGUCAGUAUUGUGUUUUUCACAUUAAACAAGAAUACCAGAAAUGCAGUAUAAGAUCUGAUCUACAAUCAUCAUUCACUGGAAAGGGUCUUACAGCACUCAGAAACAAGGUGCUAGGCAAAAACGAAGUUUUCUAUGCAGGAAAGUCAUAUAUGGCAAUACCAGCCAAAAAAAGUAGAAAAUUGGAACAGAAAGAUAACGCUAGAUUAGAUAGUUUAUUUGGAAAAGGUAUACCCCAAACCAGUCUUAAAGCAGCACCUGUAAAGAAAAAGUCGAGUGCUGCUAGGCUAGAAGUACCUCAAGGUCAAAGACUGAAAGAUUUACAGCUCUUAGAGAAAUUGAGUGGUGUCAAAGAUUUAUCAGAAAAAACUGAGUUUGAGGGUAAACAAUCAUCAGAUGUUACUAUUGGGGAUGCUAAAAGCUUAGCUUCGUCUGUUUUAAGCAGAUUAAAAGCGAAAAAUAAAGUUUCAGAAAACAAAGUAGAUAGUGGAGCAAGAGAAAGUGUACAAAGUUCAGAAGAGUCAGUUGAAACUACUCCCAAGAAAAUUAAAGGACAAUUGCCAAUUGACAAAUUUAGGGAAUUAGAAAAUAAUUUAACGAAAAUAAUGGUAUCACCCACUACCAAUAAGGUUCCAGCUAAAGAGUCUAAUAACUUAACAAGAAAGUCUUUAUUUGAGAAUGAUUUAACUAAACAGCGUCCUACUUUAGAAAACCCUUUCUCAGGCGUUCCGAAAUUAAGUGGAUUUGCCAGUGGGUCGAUAGAUCUAAGCAAACCUAUAAUUCCACGCAGAUCUGAUAAAGCUAAGGCAAAGGCCAUCAGACUUAUCCAACAAAAAGGUCCGAUAAAAAAGACUGAUCCCAACAACAUCAGGGGCACAGGAAUAAAAAGAUCGAUCGAUAUAGAAGGUGGUGAUAAGCUGGAUCUUGCUCCUAAGAAGUUAAAAGUCGAUGAAACCAACACUUUCACUUCUGAACGGUUUAAAAAAAUCAUGGCGGCAAGCUCAAGUCACCUGGAUCUAGUAGAAUCGAGAGAUGAAGAAGAGAAAGAUAAAUACUUCAAUAAAUUGGAAGCUAAAGAAAAAAUGGAGGAAAAAAUGAUCAAUACACAUAAGGUAGCCUGCAAGGCAGUCAAAUGUAUUCAAUGCAAAUACAUCAGUUUUUCUGCUUCCGAUUUGUGUAAGUCUGAGAGACAUACUUUCAAAGUGUUUGAUGCUGUUAAACGGUUUUUCAAAUGUGGACACUGCAAGAAUAGGACUGUGUGCUUAGAGGUUGUUCCUAUGACGGCUUGUAGUAACUGUGGAGGGUCGAAUUGGCAGAAAACUGGAAUGAUGCAUGAGAAAAUAGCGACUGCUGUCCAUAGUUUGUCCAUUCGAGGAGGGGAACAGAAGUUUACGAAUUCAGUGGCUACUGAUGCAAAUUUAGAUUUAUUGGUUCCUGACUAAUUUUAAUUUUUAUUAAAUGUAUUUUAAAACUUCAUUUUAAUUUUUAUUAUAUCUAUAUGACUACACAA